AUGACAGUCCACGAAGUCAAGAACCUCGCCGAGUUCAGGGAUGCCCUUGAAAAGAACACAGUCGUCCUCGCAGACUUCUGGGCCCCAUGGUGCGGGCCAUGCCGAUUCAUCAGCCCUGUUGUAGAAAAGAUGUCAGAAGCAACUGACUCCAUCUACUUUAUCAAGGUCAACGUCGAUGAGGCUGAGGAUGUGUCUCAAGAGUAUGGCAUCCGAGCGAUGCCUACCUUUAUCGUCUUCAAGGAUGGCGAAAAGGCUGACGAGGUUGUGGGAGCAGACCCCUCCAAGCUAGAGAGGAUUGUUCAAGAGUACAAGAGCUAG